AUGGCUCUUGAUGGAACAGCUACACCUCGUCUCUCAGGUAGCGCACUUGAACAAACUAUGUCCACACCAUUGAAUAACACGACAAAAUUUUUGGAAAAUACACCGAGAAUAGAUUCUUCGAUUGAUUUUGAACAAUUGUUGGAUGAGAAUACACGUGAAUUAUUAAAAUUUGGUUUUAAAAAGAUUGCUAAAAAGAAUGAUUAUAUUCAUAUCGCAGAAAUGGGCGACGCAUUUCGACAUGCUGGUCAAAAUCCGACUGCAGAUACUAUCAAUAAUAUGAUCGAAAAAGCAAAAAAUUUUAAACGUCCAAAUGAGAACGAAGAGAAUCCUGCAGAACCUGAUGAUAAGUUAUACGCAAGUGAUUUUCUUAAUAUUGUUCAUGAAUAUUGGCAACCGAUCGAAGAAGAUAAAGAACAAUUACAAGAAGCAUUUGAUAUACUGGAUCCGGAUAAGAAAAAUUUAAUGAAACUACUGAUGGCUCCCGUCGAACUACCAAAAAAGAAGUUGGCAAAAACUGCUGGGAAAACAAAGAAAAAAGUUUAA